GUUGAUAGCCACCCGGCAGAGCGGACGUACAAUAAACACGAUCGAGCGAUCUAAUACAAAACAAACUCAACACACAAAACAAUACAAUAUACAAUAGAGUAUUCAAUAAAAAAAGGGACCUACUUUAAUAAUAGCAACAGCUAAAAAUAAUAAUAACAAAAAGAAAAAAAAAGAAUUGAAUUUGCAUUCGCUAUAAUUUCAUGCUAUUCGGAUGCGGUUUCGAAUGCGCAAACAAAUAAACUGCAACGUUUCAGCCUUAUGUGUGGAUGUUGGCAUUAGAAUUUAGCUAAUUGAAAAACUAUAUUUCAAGAAUUGAAAUGAGCGUGGAAAAUGUGCACAAACUAUUAAAUAAAUAAUUGAUAAUAAUCACUCGCAAUCAUCAUGAAGCAGCUGUGGCAGCCACUUUUAGUGACCAUCUGGUUGUUGUUAAUUGGCAUUUUGAAACCAACAGAAGCAUUUGCCCAUUUUAUUGACACCACAGAGAACACGGAGCUGAUACAACAACGUGCCGGCUUCGAUGUCAAGCUGCUAUGCAACCUCACGGGUUUGGUGGAUGAGCGCAAGCUGGCCGAGAUCAAGAUACAAUGGUUCUUCAAGCAAUGCAGUGACAACAAUUGCUAUCAGCUGGAAUCUGCUGAUGAUUGGACAGCUCUGCCUUGUGAGUCGAGUCUUUGUCGCUCCGAGCUUUGGCUACGCAAUGUAACUGAGCGUUAUUCGGGUCUCUACAAGUGCAGCAUUAAUCCACAUGUCUUGGAUGCCACUCAAGCGGUGGAUGUGCAACUUGUUCGCACCUAUCAGCUGGAUGUUAAAAACAGUUCCUUGGCUGCACCAGAAUUCCUCGACGCCUAUCCCAGCAACAAGACAGCAACCAAGGAUAGUCGUGUGGUCUUUCAAUGCCGCGUGCACAGCGAGGAGCACCCAACGAUAAAGUGGUUUCGCAGACGCUUCCCUGGACAACCAGCAGCAGUUGAAACACCUCAACCCGCCUUGGGCACCUCCAACUUUAGCACACACAUUGUGCGCUAUGGAGGCAGAACCUAUGAGUUACUUGCCACACCGCCCGAGAAGCUCGUCAAUCCGCAGAUUUAUCUCAGCAAGCUGAUAAUAAACAGUGUGCAAUUGAGGGAUACGGGAUUCUAUGCCUGUGUGGCUAUUAGCUACCGGGGACACAAGAUACGUGAGGCAUUUCUGGAGGUGGUGCCACCCGAAGAAGAAGUGAACUACUGGGCGGAUUAUGGCAGCAGUGAUGAGCUGGUGCAAGAAGAUGCCAGCGAUCCACGGGAUUUCCUGCUGCUCUUUCUCAUGCCCGUGGGAUUGGCGAUGUUGCCACUGAGUGUCUGGGGUGGUUAUAUGAUCUAUAAACGUUGCACGAGGCGCAACGAGUGCGAACGCAUGGAGCAGCAGUAUUCGGAUGAGGAGCUGGACACGGAACGUUAUGUUCUAGGUGGAAGUUGACCCAGUUGCUUAAAAAGAUUUUUUUGGGGACCAAAGACUGUACUUAACUUUAAGUUUUAAGUUUAGCAAUAAAUUUACCGUAUAACAAGAAAAUUUGUUGUGAUUCCUAGCAACAUAUUCGUUUAGUUCAAAAUUUCGUUACGUAUGAAAUUCAAAAUUAGUUACGAUCUUUCAUUUCCGGCCCAGCGUUCCUCAAUAUAGCCACAAAAAAACAAGCAAAACAAAACAAAAAAUAAAAGGAAAGAAAAAACGAGAAAAGUUGCAAUCGAAAAACGCAUUCAAACUGUUUGAUAUUCACGGAUUUGUUUGUCGUUUUCCACUGGUUACCGAUGAUCUUUCAACUUCAUCUGCAGUUUUAUUUGCUGCGCCAGUGCCAGAUCCGUGUCUACUUUCUGCGCCUGCGUCUCAACAUUGUGAAUCAGGACGAACCCAUCGAGGCAAUUGACAGCCAAUAAGAUUAACAAUGUCGAGUCAUAGAUAUCGCACCACGACCAUUGAGUAUUACGAGUAUCUAAUGCCCGAUCCGGUUGAAUCGAUCAUGUUUUUACCUUACAAUGCGGCUAACAAUUAUUUGGUAAUGCCCGAGGAGAACUGUUACCAACAAGAGCAAGAGGUCAUCGGCAAUGUGUGCCACAUGGUUCAAUGGUAUCAGCGACCGACCUUCAUUCAAUAUGAAUCGGAUCACAACGAAUGCCAUUGCCAUCACUCGCUACCCAAUCCCGGACACGAGCAUGAGCAUGAGCACGAGGAUGAGCGUGAAACUGUGGAGAAUGUGAGGCAAUCAUCACCAGCAGUGUCAAAACCCAAAAGCAAACAAAAUCAUGUCUAUCAAGCAGAGCAAGGCUACCUGGUGGAGGAGCCGGCAAGUGAAUCUUCCGAGGAGGAGGAGGCGGAGGAGGAG